CCAGGGAACGUGGAAGGCGCACCGACCAGGAGCCGGCCAGGGAGGGCAAGGGAAAGAAGGAAAUUAGAAAGAAAGAGGGUUAACAAAAUAAUACAAACAGCGCGAGCCGCGGCUGGAGAGACCGAGACCCGGCGCAAGAGAGCGCAGCCCUAGGGGCAGUGGGACAGAAGACUCAGCAGAGCGCGCUCACCACUGACUUUUGCUUCUUCUGCGUUUUUUUCUUUCUUUUUUUUUUGUUUUUUGUUUUUUUUAAAACAAGAAGGCGCUAGCGGCAGCCACACACGCGAGCGCCACGCGAGGCUCCCGAAGCCAACCCGCGAAGGGAGGAGGAGAGGGAGGAGGAGUGGAGGGAGGAGGAAAAGCAUUUGCACCUUCUUUGCUCCCACCCUAAGAAGUCUCCCGAGGAUUUUGUAUUUUUGCAACUUCCCUCCGGGCUCCCUCUCCAUCUCUCCCCUUGUCUGCCACUCCGUUCGUGCCCCCCCUUCCCCUCCCCCCCGUCCUGUCUGUGUCCCCUCGCGCGCGCCCUGCGCCUCGCGUCCCCGCUCGCUCCCAUCCCGCGACUCCUUGGCCGUCGCCGCGCAUGGAGAGCUCUGCCAAGAUGGAGAGCGGCGGCGGCGCGGGCCAGCAGCCCCAGCCGCAGCCCCAGCAGCCUUUCCUGCCGCCCGCAGCCUGCUUCUUUGCCACGGCCGCCGCGGCGGCUGCGGCGGCUGCGGCCGCGGCGGCGCAGAGCGCUCAGCAGCCGCCGCCGCAGGCGCCGCAGCUUAGCCCCGCGGGCGACGGCCAGCCCUCAGGGGGCGGUCACAAGUCAGGGCCCAAGCAAGUCAAGCGACAGCGCUCGUCCUCGCCCGAACUGAUGCGCUGCAAACGCCGGCUCAACUUCAGCGGCUUCGGCUACAGCCUGCCGCAGCAGCAGCCGGCCGCCGUGGCGCGCCGCAACGAGCGCGAGCGCAACCGGGUCAAGCUGGUCAACCUGGGCUUCGCCACCCUGCGGGAGCACGUCCCCAACGGCGCGGCCAACAAGAAGAUGAGCAAGGUGGAGACGCUGCGCUCGGCGGUCGAGUACAUCCGUGCGCUGCAGCAGCUGCUGGAUGAGCAUGACGCGGUGAGCGCCGCCUUCCAGGCUGGCGUCCUGUCGCCCACCAUCUCCCCCAACUACUCCAACGACAUGAACUCCAUGGCCGGCUCGCCGGUCUCAUCCUACUCGUCGGACGAGGGCUCUUACGACCCGCUCAGCCCAGAGGAGCAAGAACUGCUCGACUUCACCAACUGGUUCUGAGGGGCUCGGCCUGGUCAGGCCCUGGUGCGAAUGGACUUUGGAAGCGGGGCCAUCGCACAACCUGCAUCUUUAGUGCUUUCUCGUCAGCGAUGUUGGGAGAAAAGCAGAAAAAAGAAGAGAAGAAGAAAGCAAACAAA